AUGCAACCAAUGGCGCCGUCGCCGUGGCUGCCGGAAUUUGACCCGACAGACACGGUCGCCGGCCGUGCCUUUGUUGAGCGCCUCACCACCGACGCCGCGGCGCUCCAGCGAGAGCUCCUAACAGAGAUCCUCAAGCAGAACGCCCACACCGAGUACCUCCGCCCCUUCCUCCUCCUCCCGGAUGGCGGCUUGCCACCGGACGGCGACCUCCGGGAGGCCUUCAAGAAGCUUGUGCCUGUCUCCGGCUACGACGACAUCAAGCCAUAUGUGCAUCGAAUCGCCUCAGGCCGAGAGCCGUCCACCAACCUCCUCUGCUCCGAGCCCAUCACCCACCUCCUCAGAAGCUCUUGCACGUCUGGUGGGAAGCAGAAGAUCUUCCCGUCCACCGCGGAGGAACUCGACCGGAAGCUCUUCUUCUAUGGCGUCCAGUCACUCGUGAGGAACAUGUACGUGCAUCUGCAUGCUGACCAGGAGGGCAAGCGCGGCAUGGGGAUGCGCCUCACCUUAACCUUCCCCGUCGAACACACGCCGUCCGGCCUUCACGUCCAGGCGGCCACCACCGCCUACUACCGCAGCAGCCAGUUCCGGGACCAGGAGGUGGGCGGGUUCGACCGGUGCACCAGCCCCAUGGAGGCCAUCCUCUGGCCGGACGCCGAGCAGAGCAUGUACUGCCAGCUGCUCUGCGGCCUGCUCCACCGCGACUCCGUGGACCACGUCGGCACCUCCUUCGCCAACAGCCUCGUGCGAGCCAUCAAGUUCCUGGAGCACAACUGGGAGGAGAUGUGCUCCGACAUCCGCACCGGCAGCCUCAGUGGCCGGAUAACGCACGCACCCCUGCGUGACGCCGUCAUCCAGCGAUACCUACGAGGGCCCAAUCCGGCACUGGCAGACGAGGUCGCGUCGGAGUGUGCUGCCAAGCCCUGGGACGGGAUUGUCGCCAGGCUAUGGCCGCGGGCACGGUGUGCCCUCACCAUUGUCACCGGCUCGAUGGCGCAGUACAUUCCGAUUCUCCGGAGCUACUGCGGUGGCCGGUUGCCGAUCGUCUCACCCUGUUAUGCGUCUACUGAGUGCGCCGCCGGAGUCAAUCUAAGGCCUCUCGACCCACCCAGCCGUGCGUCGUAUGCAUUGCUUCCCAACAUCGCCUACUUCGAGUUUGCCGAGAUCCAGCCUCGUGAUGAAGAAACUCCUACUGUUGAUGACAAUGGCAAUCCGGGUGAGAUGAAGUUUGUGGAUCUUGUGGAUGUCGAAAUUGGUCGGUCCUAUGAGCUGGUUGUCACCACCUUUGCAGGUCUUUACAGGUACCGAGUUGGUGACCUUCUCACCGUGACUGGCUUCUACAACGCAACGCCAUUGUUCCUCUUCUCGGGACGACAUGAUGUCAUCUUAAGCAUAGACCAUGAGAAGAUAAGCGAGGAGGAACUACUCAGGGCAAUUUCACAGGCUAUUGAGCUCCAUCUUGGCCCUCUUGGGUACAUGCUCAGUGGAAGCACCGCCUUUGCAGACAUAUCCAAGUUGCCAGGCCACUACGUCCUGUUCUGGGAGCUAACCAACGCAAGGAGUAAUGGCGUGGUUGGCGACAUCCCUGAUCAAACUGUCAUGGAGAAUUGUUGCUCGACAGUUGAAGAAUGCUUCGACCAAAUGUACUGCAAAAUCAGGCAGCGCGCGAACAUCACCGCGCUCGAGAUAAGGGUGCUUGAGCAGGGCGCGUACGACGCUCUGAUGGACUUCUUCGUGUCUAGAGGCGCAUCGCCGGGCCAGUAUAAGACUCCAACGGCUAUUCGGUCAAAAGAAGCGAUGAUGGUGUUGGAAGAGAGGGUGGUGGCAAGGUUCUUUAGCAAAGAAAUUCCCCGUGGUUCUCUAUAUGAUGAUUACAUGAAGAAAUGA